CUUCUGGCUGACUUGUCCAUUGGUUACAAUGAGCUUCUUCUUUGGUGCUGGUGCCUCUGCAAAUAAGAAACCUACUGACUUGGUAGACAAAAAUGACAGAUCAGAUCUCAACAACUCGCCAGCUUUUCUAAAAUUCACCAAUCUUGAGUUCACACAGUUGAUCUUGGAGGAUCCCCCUUUUAUUUUGAGCAUGGGUGGUUCGAAUGGCAGCAUUUACCUUGAGAAAGAAGACCAGAAGUGGGAAUUGCUCACUGCAAAGAUCAAUCAGACCUACAAUCUCUCCUACAACAAUGGUGUUCUACAAAACCAUUUGAUUUAUCUAUUGAAUUUUUUCAAAAGUCAAAUUGACUUCUUUUUUGAAGAUUUUUAUAGGUCUUUGCAUAGCUACCAACACAGUGUGGCUAAUAAAAGUAAUGGCGCUAAUCAACAUACCGAUACUACCAAUACCAAUAUUACUGUUGCUAAUAACAAUAACAAUAAUAAUAAUAAAAACAACAAUAAUAAUAACAACAAUAAUAGUGUUAAUGACAUUAAUAGCUUAAUGAAUUACGACAAUUUAUUUAUGGAUGAUGUACAGUUCACAAAACUAAUUCAAAGCUAUUUUUUAAGAAACAAUUUAUCUCAUCCUUUAUUUAAAGGAUUGAAUUAUGAGACAAGGGAUUUAUUGUCCAAUUUAAUUGCGAUUCAUCUAAUGAAAAGAAUCACGAAAUACCAAUCUUACUUCAGAUUAUUAAACCAAAAUUUGUUCAAUUAUCCUCCAAGUAAAUCUUCUAAAAAAAAGUAAUUUGAUUUGUAAAUUAUUUUACUUAUAA